AUGAUGAUUUUGAUUCAAAUACUUAAAAAAACUAUGUUUAACAUUAAAUUUUAGAACAUCUAAGUUAUAAAAGAACUCAAUAAAAUUUAAACUUUAAGUGUCUAUCAUUCACCUCAAUGCAAGUAUUACAAUUUCUUAAAAUUUGGGAAUUAAAUAAUUUUGAUAACUUAUAUAAAUAAAUCAAUCAUAAAACUAGAUUUAGAACAUGAAUCUUAAAACCUUAAAUUAACUCCAAUCUUAAAUUUGUAAUCAAAUAGGAUCAAAUAAUUAACUUUGAAGGUUUGCAAUAUUUUAGGUUUCUUAAUUUAUCUUAUAAUUUAAUAUCCUUAUUGGGUCCAUUAUAAAUUGUAUUAGAAUUGA